GGCGUCACGACAAGCAGUUUCGUUUUUUUUACAGGCCGAUAUUUCUCUCUCAUGGAGAGUUCUUGACCUAGGCAACAGAUAAAAAAAUUUAACUGCAUUUUAGACGAAACUAUUUUAACUAGAAGUAUAAAACUGAUGUCUGUCCAUUUUCAUCUACCGCCCUCUAUCAAAUUCUCUACAUAUGUUUGCCCUGAGACGCUCUUUGAGAGGAUUUUACAUCAGUUUUAUACUUCUAGUUAAAAUAGUUUCUUCUAAAAUGCAGUUAAAUUUUUUUAUCUGUCGCCUAGGUCAGGAACUCUCCAUGAGAGAGAAAUAUCGGCCUGUAAAAAAACGAAACUGCUUGUCGUGACGCCAUAGAUGUGUGUUUCUAUUCAACCAUACUUCCGCCAUUUUCACUGACAUGUAUAUGGGUCUGAUUUGACAUUUCGUUAAUCAAGUCUUAGACCAAGAUGACGACGAUAUACAUAAAAUAUAUGAACGAAACGGUAUAAAUUAUUUUAUAAACAAGAAAGAAAGAAAUAUAAAGUAGUCAUCCAUUUCUUUCAAUUAUUCUUAAGCGUUCUAUUAUAAAAUUCGAAACGUAUUUUGGUAAUCAUCGUGGUGAUGCGAGUGUUGUUUUAAAUGAAUUAGGUUUUUAUAAUGGACGUACACUAUGCAAAGCGAAAUGGAAUAUUGCAGAUUCAUUAAAUGCUAUUUAUUCAAAAUUAAACAAUAAAGGCACAUCGUUAUAUAAAUAA